GAGUAGAUUUUAAGAUCAAGACGGUGGAGCUGAGAGGGAAGAAGAUCAGGUUGCAAAUCUGGGAUACAGCUGGUCAGGAGAGGUUCAACAGUAUAACCUCCGCCUACUACCGUGGGGCCAAAGGGAUAGUACUGGUCUAUGACAUCACCAAGCAGGAAACCUUCGACGACCUUCCCAAGUGGAUGAAGAUGAUCGACAAGUAUGCUUCAGAGGAGGCAGAGCUGCUGCUAGUGGGGAACAAGCUGGACUGUGAGACAGACCGCAUCGUCACUAAACAGACUGCCGAGAGGUUUGUCUCCAGGAUAUCUGGGAUGCGUUUCUGCGAGGCUAGUGCCAAGGAUAACUUUAACGUGGAGGAGUGCUUUCUGAAACUAGUGGACGACAUUCUAGCAAAGAUGCCUCUGGAGAUUCCCAGUAGGGAGCUUUCCAACAGUAUCCUGUCUCUGCAGCCUGAACCAGACGUUCCCCCUGAGCUCAACCCGCCACGCAUGCGCUGUUGCUGAGACCCCCUUCCACCUCCACCAUCCACCCUGCUGAGACCCCCUAACCCCUUCCACCUCCACCAUCCUCCCUGCUGAGACCCCCCUACCCCUUCCACCUCCACCAUCCUCCCUGCUGAGACCCCCCUACCCCUUCCACCUCCACCAUCCACCCUGCUGAGACCCCCCUACCCCUUCCACCUCCACCAUCCUCCCUGCUGAGACCCCCUACCCCUUCCACCUCCACCAUCCUCCCUGCUGAGACCCCCCUACCCCUUCCACCUCCACCAUCCUCCCUGCUGAGACCCCCCUACCCCUUCCACCUCCACCAUCCUCCCUGCUGAGACCCCCUACCCCUUCCACCUCCACCAUCCUCCCUGCUGAGACCCCCUACCCCUUCCACCUCCACCAUCCUCCCUGCUGAGACCCCCCUUCCACCUCCACCAUCCACCCUGCUGAGACCCCCCUACCCCUUCCACCUCCACCAUCCUCCCUGCUGAGACCCCCCUACCCCUUCCACCUCCACCAUCCUCCCUGCUGAGACCCCCCUUCCACCUCCACCAUCCACCCUGCUGAGACCCCCCUACCCCUUCC